GCGCUUUCCUCUGCACCUCAUCGCCUGUGCCCUAGCAGUGCGCUGUCACUCCUUGUGACGCGAGGGGCGGCCCAUCGGCACCAUUCAGUCCUUGCUAUAAAGACCUUGUACGACUCUGCGUCAAGGAACCCGCUCGCUCCUUGGAUCCCGACUACGACUCCCUUGUCUUCUACUUCUUCCCUUACGUCCCAGUCAUGCAAUCCUCAUCGGCUGUGAUGCCUUCGACCACACGUCGCGACUUCCUGGGGCACACUUCUGGCAGUCGGCAAAUGCCUUUGGAUCUGAUCUACGAAGACCACCCCUAUGAGCACGCCGACUACAAGUCUUACUCCCCAGACUCCCCAAAUUCCCCGUCGUCCACCCAUUCCGGCCCCUAUGAGAGACAAUACGUACACACAACCACGCCAUACACGUAUAGCCCUCAUGGCGUCCCCAACCACACUAGCGGUUGGCAACCUUCCAUAGCUGAUCUCCGGAUGACUCGCCCUCGCAGCACCUUUCCCCACAUGAAUGCCGCACCUUACGACUUACCAAGGGACGGGCACCGUUCUCUGCCUCCGUAUUCUGGCAUGGAAAGCGACUCUUACCGCACGACGCCUUCCUUCUCACCAUCGUACUCGAACAUAGCGAAUGCUGGUCGGUAUGCUGGCGGUGUGCUUGGGCAAUCUACCACAGGCUACUCCUACGCAUGUGUGGACCAGCUGAGCUCUGCCGUGUCUACGAAUCACGGCCAUCCUAGCGAGCCACGAUGCGAGUGGGAGUCCCAGCACUGUGGCAUGCUCCUGGAGGAUUCUAGUCCUGCAGGCAUCGCGCGACACUUGCGUCAGUACCACAGCGUGGCUGUGACGGACAAUCGCAACCGCGGCGUGUGCCUCUGGGGCGGGCGCUGCGGCAAGGACAUGUAUCCCUCCAGCUUUGGGAAGCACAUCGCGGAGUGCCACCUCCGCAACAUGACAAAACAGUGUCCGCACUGCGGAUCUGACUUCGCGCGCGCCGACACCCUCUCUCGGCACAUCAAGGCCUUCUGCCCUAACACUGCGGGGGGGCGGGUUCACUCUAGCGGCUGAUUCUAUCGCUCUGGAGUCGUGUCAUGCUGGAUCGAUGGCUAGGCUGGCUCGCGUCUGCUUGUCCCUUGACUGCGGAGAUUGAGGCUCGUAUGCUCGCUCUUCUUGACCGCUAACUUACAUGGCUCCCACAAGCUGGCGUUUCGGUUUCUCGGGCUCUCUCGUUCUCGGGAUAGUGUAAAUGCUCCGAUAUAUGUGGCCACCAGCUCGGCACGCUCCCUUCUCGAUACUGUCGCUCCACUCUAACGCCCCACUCUAACGUCCUGGGAUUUGAGACCCUUGUCCAAUCGUAUUGUACAGUAUGGCGUCUUGGUUUCUCUCGUGCGUCUUAAGUUGAUGUCCUGGAGGAAUCGGCCCCUGGUGGUCCGGGGUCUCGAGGCCAUUGCACGCACCACGGUCCUUGUUGGCAGUACGUAGCUUGGUAUACUAUGGCAACUACAGC